UGGUCCCACCCGGAAGCGCGCCGGGGCGGACCGGCUGAGCGGCGGCGCUCGCGCAGGUGGGGCCCCCGACUGACCCGGCGCGGCCCUCGGCUGCCCCCUCCGUGGACGGCGGACCUGCCUCGGGACCGCGCGACCCCCCGGACGUGGGGCGCGGGCCCCCCCCAGCUCACCCACCGCCCGCGUGGCCGAGAGCCAGUCGCUUCACUUCUCGGAGCCCAAGUUCCUGCAGCUCCGAAGUGGGGCGGGUGCCACCAGCCCGGCCUUCUCCCCCGGGUAGCUGCGAGCAUUUGCAGGACCCGGAAUGCUAUGCUGCUCUCCAUGAGCCGGUCACGGAGUCUGUGCACUGCAGCCCUUUCUGGACCGCUGGCUGUCGGGAAGCCCCGCUGUGCUCCUUACCAAGAUGAAGUGCGUCUUGGUGGCCACAGAGGGAGCAGAGGUCCUCUUUUACUGGACAGAUGAGGAGUUUGAAGAGAGUCUGCGGCUGAAGUUUGGGCAGUCGGAGUAUGAGGGAGAAGAGCUUCCUGCCCUGGAGGACCAGCUCAGCACCCUCCUGGCCCCAGUCAUCAUCUCCUCCAUGACAAUGCUGGAGAAGCUCUCAGACACAUACACCUGCUUCUCCACAGAAAAUGGCAGCUACCUCUACGUCCUUCACCUGUUCGGAGAAUGCCUGUUCAUCGCCAUCAACGGCGACGGCACGGAGGCCGAGGGGGACCUGCGGCAGAAGCUGCGUGUGCUCAAGUUCCUGUUUGAGGUGCACUUCGGGCUGGUCACCGUGGACGGCCAGCUCAUCCGGAAGGAGCUGCGGCCCCCCGACACGGAGCAGCGCGUCCAGGUGUGGGAGCACUUCCAGAGCCUGCUGCGGACCCACGGCCGCCUGCGCGAGCGGGAGCAGAGCUUCGCUGUGGAGGCCGUGGAGCGGCUCAUUCACCCUCAGCUCUGUGAGCUGUGCAUCGAGGCACUGGAGCGGCACGUCGUCCAGGCCGUGAACUCCAGCCCCGCGCGGGCCGGCGAGGAGGCCCUGCACGCCUUCCUGCUCGUGCACUCCAAGCUGCUGGCUUUCUACUCCAGCCACAGUGCCAGCUCCCUGCGCCCAGCCGACCUGCUGGCCCUCAUCCUGCUGGUCCAUGACCUCUACCCCAGCGAGAGCACCGCAGAGGAGGACGACGGUGACGACACUCAGCCUUCCCCACGGAGGCUGCAGAGCAGCCAGAACAUCCCCGUGCAGCAGGCCUGGCGCCCUCGUUCCUCUGGCCCCGCCCGGAGCUCCACAGGGACGGAGACAGACAGCUUCUCCCUCCCUGAGGAGUACUUCACCCCUGCCCCUUCCCCAGGGGAGCAGAGUUCAGGUUCAGGUAGCACCGUCUGGAUGGAUGGGGGAACCCCACCCACCGAUGACUCCCUGGUCCAGAUAGGAGAAGACACGCUCCAAACGCUGAUGCCCGGCUCCCCAGCGCCUUCCUGCCCCAGACGGAUUUUCCUGGAUGCCAGUGUGAAAGACAUCUACUGCCCCAUGGCACCCCACACCGUGUACUGCCUGCCCCUGUGGCCAGGCAUCAACAUGGUGCUCCUCACCAAGAGCCCCAGCGCGCCGCUGGCCCUGGCCCUGUACCAGCUGCUGGAUGGGUUUUCCCUGCUGGAGAAGAAGCUGAAGGAGGGCCAGGAGGCCCGGAGCUCCCUGCGGUCCCACCCGCUCGUCGGGGACCUGCGCCAGAGGAUGGACAAGUUUGUCAAGAAUCGCGGGAGACAGGAGCUUCAGAGCACCUGGCAGGAGUUCAAGACCAAGGCCUUCUCCAGAAGUGACCCCGCCUCAUCGCAGGAGCUGCUCCAGCUGUGCGGGAAGAUGAAGCGGCAGCUUUGUGCCAUCUACCGUCUGAGCUUCCUGAGCACAGCUCCGAGCCACGGAGGCCCACAGCUAGCCCAGCACCUGCAGGACCAGGUCCAGAUGCUCAUGCAAGAAAAGCUGAUGGACUGGAAGGACUUCCUGUUGGUGAAGAGCAGGAGGAACGUCACCAUGGUGUCCUACCUGGAGGACUUCCCGGGCCUGGUGCACUUCAUCUACGUGGACCGCACGACCGGCCAGAUGGUGGCCCCCUCUCUCAGCUACAGUGACAGGACCUCGUCGGAGCUGGGCAAGGGGCCCCUGGCUGCCUUCGUCAGAACCAAGGUCUGGUCUCUGAUCCGGCGGGCGCGCAGAUACCUGCAGAAGGGCUACACCACGCUGCUGUUCCGGGAGGGGGACUUCUUCUGCUCCUACUUCCUGUGGUUCCAGAACGAGAUGGGGCACAAACUCCAGAUAAUCGAGGUGCCUGUCCUGUCCGAUGACGCGGCGCCCGUGGGCAUGCUGGGAGGAGACUACUACAGGAAACUCCUGCGCUACUACAGCAAGGACCACCCGGCCGAGGUCGUCAGGUGUCAUGAGCUGCUGGCCCUCCACCUGUCAGUCAUCCCCAUAGAUGUGCUGGUGCAGCAGGCGGGCGAGCUGGCCCAGCGCCUGUGGGAAUCCUCCCGGGUCCCCCUGCUCUAGGCCGUGGGCAGUGCACCUGGCUCUCCACCCCCACCCCCACCUCAGACAUCCCUGCUAUGGAGCCUCCUGGCGGCAGCCACCUGAGGACGGGCAGGCCCAGGGCAGCGCCAGGGUUUAUUUUGUUUGUUUUCUUCUGUUCCCUUCUCCCCACCCCACCCUGGGAUUUCUUUAAAAAACCUCACCCAAAGCAGCUUCAGGCCAGGCAGUGACCAGACCCCCAGAAGCUUCUGUCUGCAGGAAGAGGGAGGCCAGGAGGUUCCUUUGUCUCUAAAACAGCCAUGGCUGCCAGGUCAGAGCUGCCUGCUGUAUCCCAGGAGACAGGUGUCUGAGGACCCUAUCCUCUGCCUUUGUCCGAGGGGGGAGAGCUCCCUGGGGAAGCCCUUUCCCUUCCGAGAUGACAGGUGCUCCCUGUCUGGGGUCGAGUUCCAACCCUGCCACUUCCUCUCUCCCCACGUGAGGGCCGACAGCACUCCCUGUCAGGGUGUUCGUAAGGGCUGCUGGGCACGGGAGGAGCCUCAAUAAAUGCUGGUCAUGGG